CACCACAGAAGUGAUGCCUUAGAAACUGUAGUCCUUAUCAAUCCCUCAGAUGAAGCAGUUAGUACUGAGGUGCGCUUAAUGAUCACAGAUGCUGCAAGACACAAGCUCCUUGUACUCACUGGACAGUGCUUUGAAAACACAGGAGAACUCAUUCUCCAGUCAGGGACUUUCUCCUUCCAUAGUUUCAUUGAGAUCUUCACGGAUCAAGAGAUUGGUGAAUUAUUGAGCACCACACACCCUGCCAACAAAGCCAGCUUAACUCUUUUCUGCCCUGAGGAAGGAGAAUGGAAAAAUUCCAACCUUGACAGACACAACCUUCAAGACUUUAUUAACAUUAAGCUCAACUCAGCUUCCAUAUUGCCCAAAAUGGAAGGACUCUCUGAAUUCACUGAGUAUCUAUCAGAAUCAGUAGAAGUGCCAUCACCCUUUGACAUUUUGGAACCUCCAACUUCAGGAGGCUUCUUGAAACUCUCCAAACCCUGCUGUUAUAUUUUCCCUGGUGGAAGAGGGGACUCUGCGUUGUUUGCAGUGAAUGGAUUCAACAUGCUUAUCAAUGGAGGAUCUGAAAGAAAAUCUUGCUUUUGGAAACUUAUCCGGCACUUGGACAGAGUAGAUUCCAUUCUACUCACUCACAUUGGAGAUGAUAACCUGCCAGGAGUCAAUAGCAUGCUUCAACGAAAGAUAGCUGAGUUAGAAGAGGAACAGUCCCAAGGGUCUACUACCAACAGUGACUGGAUGAAAAAUCUGAUCUCACCGGAUUUAGGAGUCGUAUUCCUUAAUAUACCUGAGAACCUGAAGAACCUGAAUCCUGACUUUAGAGUAAAAAGGAGUGUAGAAGAAGCUUGGUUUACUCUCCAGUAUUUAAAUAAAUUGUCUAUGAAACCAGAACCUCUUUUCAGAAAUGUAGGGAAUACCACUGACCCCAUCAUUUUAUUUCAGAAAAUGGGAGUUGGCAAACUUGAGAUGUAUGUGCUUAAUCCUGUUAAAAAUAGCAAAGAGGUGCAAUAUUUUAUGCAGCAGUGGAGUGGUACUAGCAAAGAUGAAGCUGAAUUCCUGCUACCAAAUGGCCAAGAACUAGACAUUCCAUUAUCCUAUUUCACCUCUGUCUCAUCCCUGAUUGUGUGGCAACCAGCUAAUCCUGUAGAAAAAAUAAUCCGAGUUCUGUUUCCUGGAAACAGCACCCAAUAUAAUAUUCUAGAAGGACUGGAAAAACUCAAACACUUAGACUUUCUUAAACAACCAAUGGUUACACAAAAAGACCUAACUGGAAACAUUGCUAGUCCAGCUGUGAAACAAGCAAAAUUGAAACAGCGAACAGACAGCAAGGAGAGUCUGAAGCCUGCUGCAAAGACACCAAGCAAGUCUGUCAGAAAGGAAUCUAAAGAAGAAAUACUGGAGCCUGCAAAACCUAGUCCAGCACCGGAAAAACUUCAGAAAUUGGAAAGAAAAGAAAAAGUUCCAGUUAAAAAAGACAAACCAGCAAAAGUGGAGACCAAACCUAUAGUGGCAGAAAAAGAUGUAACAAGUAAAGAAGAGCAGUUAGUAAAAUAUGAAACUCCUGAAAAACAAGCUACAGAUGUAAAACCAAAAGUGGUACAGGACAAGCCAGUGAAAAAGGAAGUCAAAGCAAAACCUGAAGAAAAGAAAGAGGAAAAAGAAAAACCAAAGAAAGAGGUUUCUAAAAAAGAGGAGAAAACAUCCAUCAAAAAAGAGGAAAAACACAAAAAAGAAGAGAUCAAGCAAGAAGUUAAAAAAGAGGUGAAAAAGAAAGAGAAGAAGGAAACUAAGAAGGAAGUAAAGAAAGAAGCUCCACCAAAGGAAAUUAAAAAAGAAGGUAAAAAAGAAGAGAAGGAAAUUAAGAAGGAAGAAAAAGGAAUCAGAAAAGACAUCAAGAAGGUUCCUAAAGAAACAAAGAAGACAUCUGCUCCUUUGACUGAAGUCAAAAAGCCAGCAGCAAAGCCUAAACCACAAAAGAAGGAGGAACCUGCUAAAAAAGAAGCAAUAUCUGCUGGAAAGCCAAAGGAAAAAGUUAAAAUUAAGACUGUGAAGAAGGAGAUUGAAGUCAGUGGAGCUCAAGCUGCCCUUGCAGCAGUUGGAACCACUACCACCACUGUAGCAGCUGCAGAAAUUACAGCUAGUGAAAAAGAACUUCAAGUUGAGAGAUCCCUUAUGUCUUCACCAGAGGACUUAACAAAGGAUUUUGAGGAAUUAAAAGCUGAAGAAACAAAAGCAAUAAAAGAAAUAAAACCUCGAGUUGCACUUAUAGAAGAUGAACUGAAACUCACUGGCACAGAACAAAAGGACGCCUUUGAAGUCCAAAAAGAAAAAUUAGAUAAUGAAGGACCUGCUGAGUCCUCUGAUGAAGGCGUAACUACCACAGAGGCUGAGGGUGAGUGUGGACAAACACCUGAAGAAUUGGAAUCUGUGGAAAAGCACAGGGUUGAUGACCAUGAAAAGUUUGAAGAUGAGGGAACUGUCUUGGAAGAAUCAUAUGAAGGAGGAUAUUAUGAGGAAAAGGCAGAGACAGAAGAAGCUGAAGAACAAGGUGAAGAUGAGAAGGUAAAGACACAACCGGUCACCACAAAACCAUAUAUGAAGAAAGCAAGAAAAAUGGAAGAGAGUUCAGAAGAAAUAAUGACUGAAGCAGAUGCUAAUAUUAAAGCUGAAAAAUAUAUUGAAAAUGCAGAUGAUGAGGCAUCAGAUGAACAGGCUGAGCAAGACAGGGAAGAAGCAGUAGAAAAGGCAGAAACUGAAGAGAGUGAAGAAGAGGAAGAAGACAAAGCAAAAGACAUUAGAGAUGAAGAGGAAACUGAAAAAAUAGAAGCUGAAGAAGAUUAUGUGAUGGCUGUGGUAGACAAAGAUGCAGAAGCUGGUGAAGUUGAAGAUAAAUAUGGCCUACUCAUACUUACACCAACAAAACACUCAGAGCCUCAGUCUCCAGCAGUUGAACUGGCUUCUAUCCGUGAUGAAACAUUACCUGGUGGUUCAGAAAGUGAAGCCACUGUUUCUGAUGAAGAAGAUAGGGAAGACCCACCUGAGGAGUUCACUGCUACUUCAGGUUAUACACAGUCUACCAUUGAAAUAUCCAGUGAACCAACUCCAAUGGAUGAAAUGUCUACACCCCGUGAUGUCAUGAGUGAUGAAACUAACAAUGAGGAAAGUGAGUCACCUUUUCAAGAAUAUAUGUACAUUACCAAGUAUGAGACAUCACCGUACUCUCAAGAAUUUGCUAGACCUAAACUUUCUCCACUUCCAGAUGCUUUUAAUGGAUUAUCAGAGGGAUCCAAAACAGAGGCCACAGAAGGUAAAGACUAUAAUGCCUCAGCUUCUACCAUCUCACCACCUUCUUCAUUAGAGGAAGACAAAUUCUGUAAAUCUGCAUUCCAAGAUUUAUACUGGCAAAAAGGAAAUGAAGUCCAAGGCACUGACAAAUUAGAAAUGAAAGAAGCCUAUCCAGAAGAUGAUGGAAAACACAGUCCAGCCAAGACCCCAGCUAAGAGUUUGUCCCCUCCAUCACCUGUUGCCAAAACACCACUGGGUGAACGCAGUGUGAACUUUUCACUCACUCCCAGUGAGAUCAAGGUCUUGGCUGAGCCUGUAUCCACUGCUACAUUGUCUGAUGUAUAUCAAGAAGUUGCCAAAGAGCACUGUGCAAGCCCUGAUGAUAAAACGUUAGAAGUAGCAUCUCCCUCACAGUCUGCUGCUGGUAGUGCUGGCCACACGCCUUAUUAUCCAUCUCCCACUGAUGAAAAAUCCAGUCAGCUUCCCUCUGAAACCAGUGAAAAGUUAACAGAAGUUCCUGUUAUCUUUGAACUCAGUGAAGACAAAGAUGAGUCUGCAAAACCCAGAAUAAGCCCUAUGGAUGAGCCUGUGCCAGAUUUAGAAUCUCCUAUUGAAAAGGUUCUCUUGCCUCUACGGAGUCCACCACUGAUAGGUUCAGAGACCACUUAUGAUACAUUUUUGAGUGCUGAUGUAAAGUCUCCCACCAGAGAUUAUGGAAAUCCUUCUGAGGGGAAACCUGAAAAAGAAAAAUCACCUGUUCAGAUGAGCCCAGCUUCUGAAGCCAGCUCUGUGGACCUUUUCCAAGAAAAACAAGAUGAAAAAAGCAUGGAGUUUACGGUAAUUAAGGAAGGUUUAAGCCUAGAAAGGAAAAUGGGGGAUACAGAACCCAGCAACUCCCAGUCUUUACCGGUCUUGGAUGAGCAGAAGUUAGCAGGUGAUCUCUCACCUACUCAAAUAGAUAUUGGUCAGUUUGGUUCCUUAAAAGAAGACACCAAAAUGUCAAUUUCUGAAGGCACUGUUUCUGACACAUCUGCAACUCCAGUUGAUGAGGUUGUAGCAGAAGACACCUAUUCCCAUAUAGAAGGAGUAGCUUCUGUCUCUACAGCAUCUGUUGCUACUAGUUCAUUUCCAGAACCAACUACUGAUGAUGUGUCUCCUUCUUUGCAUGCUGAGGUUGGAUCACCCCACUCUACUGAAGUUGAUGAUUCCCUUUCAGUGUCAGUUGUACAAACACCAACAAUGUUUCAGGAAACAGACAUGUCCCCAUCUAAGGAAGAAUGCCCAAGGCCCAUGUCAAUUUCUCCACCAGAUUUCUCACCUAAAACUACAAAAUCAGGAACCCCAGUGCACAAUCACAGAUCUCCUGAGCAGUCAACUAUGUCAUUAGAAUUUGGUCAGGAGUCUCCUGAGCAGUCUUUAACAAUGGACUUUAGUAGGCAAUCUCCAGACUAUCCUACUGUAGGCACUAGUAUACACCAUAUAUCUGAAAAUGGACCAACAGAAGUAGAUUACAGCCCUUCAAAUAUACAGGACUCUAUUUUUGCAUGGAAGAUUUCCCCUGUGGAGCAGUCAUCUUACUCUCAGGAAAAGGACAUUUCAGAAAUUAUUUCAGUUUCUCAAAUUGAAGUUUCAUCCUCGACUUCAUCAGCUCAUACACAUUCCCAGUUAACUUCACCACUGCCAGAUGAAACCUUUUCAGGUGCUGUUCCACCCAAACAUAUGACACUACAUUCUUCUCUUAUCUCAGAAAAGAUGCAGAGUCUAGGAGAAAAGCUUUCACCAAAGUCUGACCUAUCUCCAUUAACUCCAAGGGAAUCUUCUCCUCUGUACUCUCCUAGUUUUCCAGAUUCAUCUCCUGCAAUCACAGAAGCUGUGUCAGCUUCGUUAUCUUUGCAAGUGUCCUCUGUCAAAGCAUUUGGUUACCAGGAACCCCUAACAAAGCACAGUCCAGAACCUUUAAUCAGCCCAGAAAAAGAAGAUUCAGAGAAAAGCAGCAGGUCACCAGAAGAACUCAAUCAUUCUUACAAGGCCACAGAGAAAACUGUUAGGUCACCAGAGGAUAUUAGCUACUCCUAUGGGGCAGUUUCAAAAUCUAGGUCACCUCAGGCCACAGAUUAUUCCUAUGAGACAACAGGGAAAGCCACCAGCUCACCUGAAGCCACAGAUUACUCAUUUGAGACAACUGGGAAAACUACCAGAUCAUCCAAAGCUACUAGCUAUUCCUAUGAAGCAAGUGCACAUUUUACUCCAGGAAAACCUUUAGCUGAAUCCCGUCAAGAUGUUGACUUAUGCCUUGUGUCCUCCUGUGAAUAUAAACAUCCUAAAACUGAACUUUCACCCUCAUUUAUCAACCCAAAUACCCUUGAGUGGUUUGCAAGUGAAGAACAGUCUCGGUAUCAAAAGAAACCAUUAACUCAAUCUGGGAGAGCUCAGCCACCUUCUGGGGGAAAGCAGCAAGGAUGGAAGUGUGACGAAACCCCUCCCACAUCCAUGAGCGAGUCUGCCCCAUCUCAGACUGAUUCAGAUGUUCCCCCUGAGACUGAGGAAUGCCCUUCCAUCACUGCAGAUGCUAACAUUGAUUCAGAAGAUGAGUCAGAAACCAUUCCGGCAGAUAAGACAAUUACGUACAAACAAAUUGACCCACCACCUGUACCGAUGCAGGAUCACAGCCCUUCCCCUAGGCACCCUGAUGUCUCCAUGGUUGAUCCAGAGACUUUGCCCACUGAUCAGAAUUUGGGUAAACCUUUGAAGAAGGACCUCAAAGAAAAGACAAAGACAAAAAAGCAGGGUACUGAGACCAAGUUGUCUUCUCCUGUUAAAAAAAGUGAUGGUAAAUCAAAACAAAUGGUUUCACCCAAACCAGUUGGAAAAGAAUCUUUAGACAAAAAUUCCAAAACAGUUUCUCUAAAAAAGAAGGAGUCUGUGGAGAAAGCAACCAAAAAUAUCUCUAAUCCAGAAGUAAAGUCUCAAUUGGAAGAGAAAGACAAGGACACCAAGAAUGCAGCAAAUACAACAACAUACAAGUCAGCAAAGACUGCAACCACAGGACCUGGGAAUAGUAAGUCUGCAAACUCUACAGCGGUCCCUCCAGGGCCUCCAAUGUAUUUGGAUCUGGUGUACAUUCCCAACCACAGCAAUAGAAAAAAUGUUGAUGUUGAGUUUUUCAAGAGGGUGCGGUCAUCCUACUAUGUGGUGAGCGGGAAUGAUUCUGCAUCUGAGGAGCCAAGCAGGGCUGUUCUGGACUCCCUGCUGGAGGGCAAGGCCCAGUGGGACAGUAACAUGCAGGUGACCUUAAUCCCAACCCAUGACUCAGAAGUGAUGAGAGAAUGGUACCAAGAGACCCAUGAGAAACAGCAGGACCUCAACAUCAUGGUUUUGGCAAGCAGCAGCACUGUUGUUAUGCAAGAUGAAUCUUUUCCCGCAUGCAAGAUUGAACUGUAA